AUGCCGUGCGCCCUUUGGGCGGCCAUCAGCAUCGUGUUCCAGGCGAACAAGGCUCCUCGCGCCAUCUUCUUGAAUCACGAGUUCCACUUGAUGACUCAAGGGGAUCUGUCCAUUGAUGCCUACUGCGUUCGCAUGAAGGAGAAGGCCGACGAACUGCGCGACGUUGGGCAGCCCGUCUCUGAACCCAACCUCAUCCUCAACCUACUGCGAGUGCUCAACGAGGUCUACUCCAAUGUCACCGACAACAUCGCCGGGACACAGCCCCUCACCCUCGCUACCGCCUGGCACCAGCUCGUCCUCAAAGAGUUGCGCCUGCAGAACGAGGAAAAGGUGCGCGCCACCACCGCACUCCUGGCUGCUGCCUCAUCUCUUGGCGGUCACCAGCAGCAGCAGCUGUAG